ACAGGCUCGAGCGGCAAAAAAAGAAACGGUAGAAACAACGAAACGAAGGCAAAGGAAAAGCUCUAUUCAGAUCCCAAGAAGAAGACGACGACUGUAAGGAUGAUGAAGAGGAAGCACUUGUCCUCCAUUGCAAACGACGUCGUCCGGAGAUGUGCACUAGAACUCAAGACGUCAGUGGAUAAAUUGGCUGGAGAAUUUGAAAGGGCAUGGAAUCCCGGAAUGAGCGGGACGUACUCGAAGAAGUUUGUCGAAUUUUGCGGGUCAAAGGCCAUGAAUCAUAUGUGUGAAAACAUCCAAGAAAGAAUAAAUGAUGGAUCGUUUAGCCGUCUCACGUUCGAUAUAAUGCUUUCGUGGGAGAAACCCGGCUCGGAAGACGACGAGUCUCAUUCGGAAGCGGUAGGGAAGGGGAGUGAAGAUCAGAGGAUUCAUGCAACAUUGUCACCGGAACAAGACGACGUCUCUCUCUUUUACUCGGACAUCAUGCCCCUUCUCGCUGAUCAUGAACCGAGUGUAGGAGAAGAUGCAUUUGUGUUUUUGGGAUCCCUCAUUCCGCUCCCUGGGGAUAUCAUCAAUGGAAGAUUCACAUUCGAGACUUUAACUGCUCCUACGGGCCACCGCCUAUAUUUCCCUGCUUAUGAUAUGUUCCUCAAAGAAAUAGACAAGUGCAUGAGGCAUCUUCAAAAACAAGCUAUACCGAAAGGGGUUGAACUAGCGGACGAUGAAUUUAUAUUGCACGUGGAAGGGACGAUGGCUUCACAGAGAGUGGUUCGCCACAUCAAAGAAACUAGUUGGCCAGGUAAGCUUACUUUGACAAACUAUGCUCUUUACUUCGAAGCAGCCGGGAUUAUAAAUUAUGAAGAUGCUCUCAAAAUAGACCUUUCAAAGGAUACCGAGAGCUCCGUUAAACCUGUCUCCACCGGUCCAUGGGGCGCUCCUCUUUUCGACAAGGCCAUAAUUUAUGAAACUCCUGAACUUGAGGAAGGAAUCGUGAUAGAAUUCCCAGAGAUAAUAAGCUCGACGAGACGAGAUCACUGGCUUGUUCUCGUGGAGGGAAAAAAGGAAAUAAUGUUAAUGCAUCGGUUCUUGAGGAAAUUUAAAUUUGAAGCUCCUUUACUGGCAUGGGAAAUCCACUCAAGAACGAUCUUGGCAAUCAUACGACUUCAUGCUGCUCGGGAAAUGCUGAGGAUUUCUCCUCCAGAUCCUGCCAAGUUUUUGAUAUUCAGUUUGUUCGAGGAAGUUCCCAAGGGAGACUUUGUACUUGAAGAACUUGCAGAAAGUCUGAAGGUGAUAAGCACCAAGAACCCGUGUACCGCGAGCUCGAUAUUGAGGAAUAUGAACUUGGCACAACUUAAUAUUCGACUAAGUGAGGGGGCAAAGGUUAAGAUCCAAGAGAAGGAUAGUGUGAUCGACAGAGAAGAUGUCCAUUCGUCACUUGAAAGCGCGGUGAAUCAAUCGAGGGAAGAGGCCAGAGCCAUCGAUAGGGCAAAGGCGACAACGGUAAAAUUGGAAGAAGAAGGAAUUAGCGAAAGUGUAACGGUUCUCAUGGAGUUGUUGAGACCACUCCGAGAUAUAUUGUCACGGUUCCAGAAAAUGCUGUACUGGGAAAGGCCUUAUCAUACAAUAGUCGUUCUAACCAUGACAAUUCUUAAAGAUGUGCUAAACAUUUUUAAUUAA